GAAAAUGCUGGACACCAUCAGCAGCCAGUACGACUCCUUCAUCUACUGGAGGAUGCCGAUCCCGCGGCUGGACAUGGCCGAGCUGGAGGGGCUGGGGCUCGCAGACAUGGCUCUCUACAAGCCCAAGGGAGGGCUGGGCAAGCUCGGGGACCGGGGCAGCCAGGACGUCUCCCAGGAAGAGGACAGUCUGCUGCAGUUCAACAGCUUCAACUUCUGGCGAGCUCCCAUUGCCAGCAUCAGCUCCUUAGAUUUCGAUUUAAUUUGAAGCCCUUCCCGCCCCUCCUCACCACCCCACUCUCUCUCUUCCCGCCAGGCAUGCCAGGGUUUGGUUUUGUUGUCUCUUUGGAGGCUGUUGGGUUGGUUUUCUUUUGUUUUUUCGGUUUCUGGGCAGUUUUGCCAUCGCUAAUUCACUCAGCAGUUCGCCGCGGCCUUGACGGUGAUGGGCUCCCCGAAAAUCUCCGACCCCUCUCCCCUUUUUCCUCCUGGAAUCACAAGGGUGCAAGGGGGGGCAACAGCACCAGGGGAGGGGGCAGAAACAGCCCCCCCAUUGCCCCUCUCUGUUCGGUGCCACCCCCACCCCGUGUCAGUGUGACCACGGCUGUCCCCUCCCUGUGUGACAAUUCCUCAGCUCUGUCCCCUCCCUGUGUGACAAUUCCUCAGCUCGUUUCUCAUCUGCUUUUUUAAGAAACUCAUUUGUGCAAACGGGGCGCGGAGCAGCAAUGGCAAUCGCCCUGCUUUCGCAGGAAGCAGAGACCCUCUGCACUCCCCUGGCCCAAUUCCUCAAAAAUCCGCUUUGUCCCUCAACCUUCCCCUCGGGAAUGUGAGGUGGAAGGGGCAGGGAUGCGCCCAAGAUAUCAGCACAAACCUCCUCCUUACAAAAAAAUAAUCACUUUGAGCCUUGUGCUGUGAGCCCAAGCAGGAAAAAUUAUAUCCAGGAGGGUAAACAGACAUGGAAGUGCUCUGACCUUGCUUGGUGGGGUCAAGGCUGGGUGUUUACUGCCCCAAAUUUGAUUUUUCUCAUCCUUUAUGUCCCACGUGGUUUACUCCUGGUGCAGCUCCUGACUGGGACAGACGCUGGGUACAUUGCGGGGUCUGGAAGGGUGAUGGGACGGAGCUGAAAGAUGGAGAAUUUAGUUUGAUCUUACCCCCAAAUGAAAAUAUUUCAGGUUUUCCACCCACUUAAUCAAUCCCUUUAAAAACAACAACAGACAAUGCUGCAUUCAUUCGAGUGGAAGCCUUGAGUUUUCUCUGGGGAGAUUUUCACCUGCUGAGAUUUAUUCCUGAGCAUCAUCUCAAGAUGGGGGGGAAAAACCCAACCUGGAAUAAUUUUUGGCUUUCAAUCAGGUUUUUUUCCCUCCCCAAGAUUGUUUUCUGGAGUUGGUUUGUCUUAUUGAAUGUGCUUUUUUUGGGUUUGAUUGGGAUGAAGUGAUGUAGAGCAUCCCAAAAUCAUCCUGAGAGUUGAGGGGUAUGUUGCUGGGGGCAGGCUGAGACAGCACUUAAAAAGUGCCAGAAAUGUGCAAAAAUCAUAAAAAAAAAUCUGCAUUCUACUGUGAAAAUUGGAUGCAGCUCUCCUGUAAUCUCCAGAAAUAAUCCAAUGUGCUGAUUUUGAACCAUCUGUGUAAAACCAGAGGUGAAAAAUGUAAACUCUCCUCUGCAGAGCUUUGACUUCUGUGUUCCCACCUAGGAAAACCUGCAGGAGAAGUAUUUAUUAUGAAACUUUAAAUAAAAUCAGUUAAAAACAUA